AUGGCUUCAUCACGCUCUUCCUCGCCCGUCUCAGACGAGGAAAUUCACCAGGCCCCCAGCGCCUCCGAGUCCGGAUCCGGAUCCGAAUCUGAAACAGAGCAGACGACCGACCUCCUGCAGACCCGCGCCCCCAAACGCCGUCGUCUCUCCGAGUCGUCCACCGAUUCGUACGUUGCUGCGCCGGCGCCGCUCCCCACGCUAUCGCGUAUCAAAAAGAAGGGGACUGCCGAUGAGGACAAAGCCAAGGCAGGUGGUCAGGAUACUAACCCGGUGUUGAUCCGCGAUGCGGUCGAGAUUGGUCUGCAGGAUGCCGAAUCGUCGUUUAAGGCCCUGAAGGUGGCGCCGUGGUUGGUGGGUUCGUUGACUACCAUGGCGAUUAGGAAGCCGACGGCUAUUCAGAAGGCUUGUAUACCGGAGAUUCUGAAUGGGAGGGACUGCAUUGGAGGUAGUCGCACGGGUUCGGGUAAGACGGCGGCGUUCGCGGUGCCGAUUCUGCAGAAGUGGGCGGAGGAUCCGUUUGGGAUCUUUGCGGUUGUGUUGACCCCGACGAGAGAACUUGCGUUGCAGAUUUUCGAACAGAUCAAGGCCAUCUCGGCGCCGCAGGGUAUGAAACCCGUGCUCAUCACCGGAGGCACCGACAUGCGGCCCCAGGCGAUCGCCCUAUCUCAACGACCGCACGUGGUCAUUGCGACCCCCGGCCGUCUGGCCGACCACAUCAACACCUCCGGCGAGGACACCAUCCGCGGCCUCAAGCGCGUGCGCAUGGUCGUUCUGGAUGAGGCCGAUCGUCUACUCGCCCCCGGCCCCGGCAGCAUGCUCCCGGACGUUGGCACCUGUCUCUCGGCCCUGCCGCCCUCCAGCGAGCGCCAGACGCUCCUCUUCACCGCGACCGUGACGCCCGAGGUGCGCGCCCUAAAGGACAUGCCCCGGGCGGCUGGGAAACCACCCAUCUUCGUGACCGAGAUCGCCACCGAGAACAAGGACACCAUCCCGCCGACCCUGCGCCAAACCUACCUCAAAGUACCCAUGACGCACCGCGAAGCCUUCCUGCACGUCCUCCUCUCCACCGAGGGCAACGCCUCCAAACCCGCCAUCAUCUUCUGCAACCACACCAAGACCGCCGACCUGCUGGAGCGCAUGCUCCGUCGGCUCUCCCACCGCGUCACCUCCCUGCACAGUUUGCUGCCGCAGUCGGAGCGAAACGCCAACCUGGCGCGCUUCCGCGCCUCCGCGGCCCGCCUGCUCGUCGCCACUGACGUCGCCUCCCGUGGUCUGGAUAUCCCGUCCGUUAGCCUGGUCGUGAACUUCGACGUGCCGCGUAACCCGGACGACUACGUGCAUCGUGUGGGUCGUACGGCGCGUGCGGGCCGACACGGUGAAGCGGUGACGUUGGUCGGACAGCGUGAUGUGCAGCUCGUGCUGGCGAUCGAGGAGCGCGUGGGCCGCCAGAUGGAGGAGUGGUCCGAGGAGGGAGUCAGCGUGGAAGGGCGGGUGGUACGCACCGGCGCGCUCAAGGAAGUCGGACAGGCGAAGCGAGAGGCAUCGGGCGAGAUCGAGGAAGGUCGAGACGUGUUGGGACGGAAGAGAAACAAGCUGAAGAAGGUGCGGUGA